ACCUGCCUCCCGUGAACCUUUUCUCUCUUCCCAAUUUCAUCCCAGCUCUCCUUCCCAGCAGUCCCUGCGCAGCGCCCUACACUAGUUGUACUCUAAGGUGGCAAGAUGUCGUCCCAGACACCACUUUCAGCACCGCUUAGAGAACAGAGACUUCUAGAUGUCAAACUGCAACAGGUGCCAUCCUGGAUAAUGAAGCGAGAUUUUUCCCCUUCUGGGAUCAUGAAAGCUGUUCGUAGAGGUUAUGAUGCAUAUUUUAAUAAGUACAUUGAUGUGAAGAAAGGUGGGAUUGGUGGUGUUACUAUGGUGCUUGCUGGUUACAUCCUGCUCAAUUAUUGUGCAGCUUACAAGGAGCUUAAACAUGAACGUUGGCGAAAGUACCACUGAAAAUUCAAGAAAACUUGAGAUGAUGAAUUUUAUCCCUAAGCUAGAGAAUUUUGCAACUGUACUCAGUGAACAUCAUUUGAUGUAACUAGGGCCAAAUAACCAAUAUUAAAACAUGUAUUUAACCUGCA